AUGGCUGCCUCCAUGAUGGAGAGGCUCGGGCUAGCGGGGCAGCGCGUGUAUGUCUGUAGCAAGGCUUGGUUGCCCGGGCUGACCCAAAUCAGGUGGAGCCGAUACAGUCCUGUUUUCCUUGAUCCAGAAGUAAGCAAAGAAGCAUAUGGCAAGCCUCUAGAACAAUUAUCAGAAGAGGAAAAGGCAGCGCAAGAGCUCAAGACCGUCCGACCCAUGAAAGCUGCCCUUUCCAGUGUCUCCAGUUCUGUGUUUUAUGAUCCAUUAAUAAGCAAAUUCACUAACAUGAUGAUGAUGGGAGGGAAUAAAAUUCUGGCCCGGUCCAUCAUGAAUCAGACUUUAGAAGCCAUUAAGAGAAAGCAGCUCGAGCAGUACUAUAAAGCCGAUGAGAAGGAGAGGGAAAACAUUGAGUGCAACCCCUAUAUCAUCUUCCAUCAGGCACUGAAAAACUGUGAGCCUAUUAUUGGAUUGAUGAAUGUCCAGAAAGGAGGUCGAACCUACCAGGUCCCAACCCCUCUGAAGGACAGCCGGCGGCGCUUUCUGUCGAUGAAGUGGAUGCUCACGGAGUGCAGGGAAAACAAGCACAGGCGGACUUUCAUGCACGAAAAGCUCUCCGACGAGCUUCUGGCAGCCUUCCACAACGAAGGCCCUGUGAUAAAGAAGAAGCAGGAGUUGCACAAAAUGGCAGAGUCUAACCGGGCCUUUGCACACUUUCGCUGGUGGUAGAGAAUGCCCCGUUCUGGCAAACGCAGCGUAGGAUGACAGAAACUUCCCUGUAAAGCAGAAAAAGGACAUCCAGCUGCAUUUCUUAGCAUACCGCCGGCCUGGGAGUGCUUUUCGACUGACUCUUUUCAAAUGACUUUUAACAAAUCUCAAAGAAAAUUACUUGCUAUGAUUUCAUAUUUUAAGGGGUUCCCCCCGCCCUUUCCGAAUCUUAGUAAGGUAAAGUUCUAGUUAAUCCCAUUUCCUGGAUGAAUUCAAGUAUACACAGGCCCCUGCUUUCCGUUUGCUGUAUAUUGCAUUCUGAAUUCUUACCAGAGGGCGUAUUUAUGUUACAGAAUGGCAUGCUUAAGGCAAACACAGAAUCAUUAGGGGAUUAGCAAAAGACGCCAUGUACACUUUUGUAUUAUUACUGGAGUCUUCUGGAAAUAUUCUCCGAUGAAGCAGAACCACACUAACGAUAAUAAAG